CUCUUACAAGGUGUCCCUCCUCCAAGAUGAUAUAAAUCUCGGUCUCCUGCAAUGGCCGCCUCCGCAGCAGCUUCUUACAAGGCUCGCAAGGAAGCCUUCGUGUCCAACCUGUAUGGGAGUUCCUUGACCGAGAUCAACCUGGUCACGCUUGUUGCCGCAGCCGCAGUGUUUCUCUGGACUGCUCUGCAGAAGAGAUACUCAUUCUUCACGCCAUACUCUCCUGUUGCUUUGCUGGCGGACUUCUUGCUCAAUGUCUGCGCCAUUUUAUUCGCCAUCACUCUAUAUUCGUCGGCGCCCUUGGUCUUGAACGUCUUCCUCGUCACUCCCGCGGUGCUCUUUGUAUUCCUCCAGACCGGCGGACAGUCGACCUCUUCUUCGGAUGAUCCAGUAGUCAAUCCAUCGACAAAGACACCGAAGAAACCAACAAAAGUCAGCCCUGUCGCUGUCAAUGGCACGGCUGCCAGCACUUCCAAUGCUGCUGCAACCCUCCCGGUGCGACCAUUCCUCACUCAUUACCGCGGGUCCAUGCUCGUUGUGACCUGUCUGGCCAUCCUAGCUGUCGACUUCCCCAUCUUCCCCCGCCGGUACGCCAAAGUUGAGACAUGGGGCACCUCGAUCAUGGACCUGGGCGUGGGCUCUUUCGUCUUUUCCGCCGGGGUGGUAUCUGCUCGGGCUGUGGUCCGUGCCCGUCCCAAUGAUCAAGCAUCCCCCGCCGCCACCGCCACCACCAACUUCGUCCGUCGUUUUCUUCAGGCCUGUCGACACUCCAUCCCCUUGCUCGUCCUCGGCCUCGUUCGCCUGUACAGCGUCAAAGGACUCGACUACGCCGAGCAUGUCACCGAAUAUGGAGUCCACUGGAACUUCUUCUUCACGCUGGCACUCCUACCCCCUUUUGUCGAGAUCUCCGACAGCCUUACGCGCCGGGUAUUCAAGUCUUACGAGACCUUCGCUCUCACCCUCGCCGUCAUCUACGAACUCGUGCUCAACAACACAGACCUUCUCUCAUACAUCCUGAUCUCUCCUCGCGGCCCGGGUCUGCUGUCCAAAAAUCGAGAAGGCGUCUUCUCCUUCACGGGAUACCUGGCGAUCUUCCUCGCCGGGCGCGGAGCCGGAAUGCUCGUGGUCCGCUUCAACGAGCCCGUCCCCAAGGUUGCCAAGCAGUCGAGCGCCAGAGAAGUCGCCCGUCGCGAGCGGCAACUGGUCCUGAGAGGCCUUUUCGUCAAGUCCCUCAUCUACGCGUCCCUGUACUGGCUGACGACGAGCCUCUACACGUUCAAUCUCACGGUGUCGCGUCGCCUCGCCAACCUCCCCUACGUGCUAUGGGUGGUCGCGUUCAACAACGCCCAGCUCUUCCUCUUUGGCGUGGUGGAAGGUUGCGGACCAACGUUCUCGUACGAAGCGGAAGACAGGGACAGAGUUCGGUCCGCGACCAGCCGCGUCCUGGCCGUCUACAACAGCAACGGCCUCGUCCUCUUUUUGAUCGCGAACCUCUUGACCGGGCUGGUCAAUCUAAGCUUCAACACGCUCGACAUGCCGCCCCUCCAGGCAAUGGGCCUGUUGGCGGGUUAUGCCGUGGUGGUCACCGGGGUCGCCCUGGGACUGGACAAGACCGGCGUGAAGAUCAAACUCUGAGGUGCGCGACACCGUACAACCUACCGUGGUACCCCAAGGGUGUCUAAGGCAUCUAAUGAGGGAGUCUUCCCUCGAUGGAGAGUCGCACAAUCCAUUGCUCAUGGGAGCGACAGGGAAACAUUCACGAGCAUUCAAGGGUUCAGACUCGCCAAUCCCAAGGGGCUAUGUAUACGAAUGUAAUAUACAAGAUGAAAUGCACUACUACAUUUAUCCU